AUGUUCCGAUUCCGGCCAUGUGGUUUUCGUCACUACUCUACCGCCGUUACACCAAUCGCCUGCAAUCGGAAUUCCAAUCAUUUCAUAGUUGAUUACCUCAUGAACACUUUCCUCUUCUCCAAACAAGACGCCAUUUCCAUGUCUUCAAAAGGUAUAUUUCCCCAUCCCAAAUCCACUGCUAAGUAUGAAUCAGUUGUUAAUACUUUCAAGAAUUACGGUUUAAACAAUACCCAGAUUAAAGAUAUCAUUUUUUAUGCUCCACAUAUCCUCACUUGCAAACCCCACAAAACCCUUCAACCAAAAUUAAGGGUUUUUCAAGAACUCGGCUUAUCCGGGUCGGAUCUUGUUAGUCUUGUUAAAAGUAACCCGGUCAUAUUCAAAUGUGGGUUACAUACCCGGAUCAUUCCCGGGCUUGAUCUUUUGAAAAGAUUAGUGGGAGGUAGUGAUGAAAAUGUGAUUCAAGUUGUUAAGAAUUUUAGAUGGUUUUAUGCAUCAAAUUCUAGGAUGAAUAGACUGUCGACGAAUGCAUCAAUACUUCGAAACGUAGGAUUGUUAAAUCAAAUUAACCAUAUACAUUUUGUGCUGCUUAACACCGAUAAGCUUACAAGAAUAUCUGCAAAUGUUACUUUAUUGAGACGAUAUGGUGUACCGGAUGUGAAAAUUUCAAAGUUGUUGGUCCAACAUCCUAUGCGUAUGCAGAAAGAACCGGGACUGUUUGAAAGUAAGAUGGAAUACGUUGAACGUAAUUUGGGUAUUUCUCGUCAUGAACCGAUGUUUAUUCAUGCGUUAGUUAAGGUUAUGUAUCGUGGUGACUCUGAAAUAGAGAAGAAGAAACUAAUUUUUAGGAGUUUUGGUUGGUCUGAUGACGAAAUAGGUGCAUUGAUUAGAGCUCAACCUUCUUGUUUAGAUCAAUCAGAAGCUUACCUUAGUGAAAAGUUGAAUUUUUUCAAGAAAGAUUUAAAUUGUAAGCCCUUGUAUCUAAUGGGUUGUACGUGUUUUUGGACGUUGAGUCUAGAGAAACGACUGAAACCCAGGUAUGAAGUUUAUAAAAUCUUGAAACAGAAGGAGCUGGUUAAAGAUAUACCGGCGUUUUAUACAAUUGUACAGUAUCCAGAGUCAAAGUUUAUCCGUUUCUUGAAGAAGUUUGAGAGUAAGGUGCCGAAUUUAUGUGAAACAUAUGUCAACAGUAUUCAGAUGUUGAAAGCCAAAUGA